AUUUAAGUUUAAACCAUGUACUGUAAAGUUAGAUAUUUUACUAUACUUGUAUAUCUAUCUUCAAUAUUAAAACAUAAUUAACAGGAUUGGUUUUGUUGAAGGUUUCCUUUGGAACCUACCUUCACCGAUUCUUUAAAAUCGCCGGGUUUUUGACACACCCUGCUGUGACUCACUAACUCGGCGGUUUUAUUCUAUUGAAUCUAUUCCUUUCCUUUGUUUUGGAACCUACGCGCUUUCCCUCUUUUUGUCUGUAUUGCUAAAGCUGGCAUCCAACAAGGACUGGUGCCUGCACCUAAAUUGGCUUCUGGGUGCUCUCUGAAUUAGGGGUUCUGGAAGCUGCUAAUACGAGGAAACGUUGUUCGCUGUAUGAUUUGCAGUCGGGGAGAGUCGAGAGACCAGUGUUUUUGAUUACUUCAUUGGAAGGAUAUAUUUUGAGUUGCUUGAGAUUUUGGAUGAUUAUUUUGUUGCAUCUUUACAAAUGAAAAUGCAGUUGAGAUUUAAGGGACCCCUGUUAUUCUUGCUGCUCUCCUCUAUAUUGUUCUUUGUUUUUGCUACUGCAGAGGUUGAACAUGAAAUUUCUAGAAAGCUGAGAACCGCUCCACAUAAGGAUGUAGGAAAUAAUGUUAUAGAUGGCACUGUUACAGAGAAUUCUUUCAGUUUUCAGGAUACUGAUAAGGUGUUGGGAGAGACUAAGGGUGGAAGCAGCAAAGUUUCAUGGUCAACAGUUGCGUUAUUUACACUGGCAAUGGCUGCUGCUACUGGUUUAGGUGCAGUGCCAUUCUUCUUUGUGGAGCUUGAUCCACAGUGGGCUGGAAUAUGCAAUGGAAUGGCUGCUGGUGUGAUGUUGGCUGCGAGUUUUGAUCUCAUAGAGGAAGGGCAGCGGGGGCAUGAUGGUGGAAAUUGGGUUGUGAUUGGGCUUUUAGCUGGUGGAAUAUUCAUUUGGCUCUGUAAAAAGCUUCUUGAACAAUAUGGGGAAGUAAGCAUGUUGGACAUAAAAGGUGCAGAUGCAGCUAAAGUCAUUCUUGUUAUUGGCAUAAUGACACUUCAUUCAUUCGGGGAAGGCUCUGGUGUUGGUGUUUCAUUUGCUGGCUCAAAGGGGUUCUCUCAAGGUCUUUUAGUGACUUUGGCUAUUGCUGUGCACAAUAUCCCCGAGGGAUUAGCUGUGAGUAUGGUGCUUGCAUCAAGGGGUGUUUCUCCACAGAAAGCCAUGUUAUGGAGUGUAAUUACUUCAUUACCUCAGCCUCUCGUAGCAGUGCCUUCAUUUAUAUGUGCUGAUGCAUUUAACAAGUUUUUGCCUUUCUGUACGGGAUUUGCUGCUGGAUGUAUGAUCUGGAUGGUAGUUGCAGAGGUACUCCCUGAUGCAUUUAAGGAUGCCUCUUCCUCCCAGGUUGCAUCAGCAGCUACACUUUCUGUGGCAUUUAUGGAAGCUCUUAGUACUUUUUUUCAGAGUUUCAGCCAUGGCUACAACUCAGAGGAUGCUUCUGGCUUCUUUGUUUCCUUACUUUUUGGUCUUGGGCCAUUGCUUGGUGGAGUUGUUCUUGUUGCAUUUGCCCUUGCUUUCCAUCUUCAGCAUGCUUUUCUAAUGGGCACAGCUUCUGGCAUUGCCUUUGUCCUUGGUGCCUGGCGACCAUCACAGCUACUUUUCUCAUCAAAAAUGGGAUUUAUGCCUCUUGUAUUACUGCUUGCAAUGGGAGCCGCAUUUGUCCAUGUUACAAGUUCCAGUGUCUUGAAGCUUGCAAGUUGCAAAAGAACGUCGGUGAAUAACUUGCCUACAGUAUCCGGUUCCCCGUUGAGUGUUCACACCCUUCAGUCAUUCAUGUCAUGUGGAGCAGUUGCCUUUCAUGCUUUAGCUGAGGGGCUUGCACUAGGAGUGGCUGCACCAAAAGCUCCUGGACUUGGUCGGCACAUGGUCCUUCCUGUCUCUCUACAUGGAUUCCCUCGGGGUGCAGCUGUGGCUAGCUGCAUAUUUGGGGCUACUGACAGCUGGCAUGGGUCCCUUGCAGCUGCUGCCCUAAUUGGAGUUACAGGUCCAAUAUCUGCAAUUGGAGCUAUUCUUGCAGGAAUUGACUACACAGGUCUAGACCAUGUGAUGGUGUUUGCUUGUGGGGGAUUACUCCCAAGCUUUGGAAGAAUAAUCAAGAGAGCAGUAAGGUUGGAGACACGGAAAGGAAGUUGCGGGCUUGUAGUGGGAGUGGUGUUUGCUGCUACGUGUUUAACAUUCACUAAGUUGGUUUGCUUGCACACACCUUAUUGCAAUUCUGCACCAGAGGCUGUCAGAUGAGUUGAGAAUGCUGCAGCUCAUGCUGAUGUGUAAUUAUUAGGUGCACUUGCAUACACUAAUGUGGUUAGUACAAUCAUCUUCCAACAUGUGAACUUGGCACCUGUGCUAGGCAAAGGAUACCACUAAAAAAAUUGUAGAAGAGAUUCAGUGCAAAGGGGUGUUAUAGAAGAAAAGUUCCUCAGAACUAUGCCAGAGGAUGAAAGGUUUCCUAUAGUGCUCAUAGAUAAUGUCAUUGUUUUAUUCCUCUUAUAGAAAGAACAAAUAAAGAUUUGAAUUUUCCUUUGA